GGGCCAGAUCGCAAGGCAUGGAGGAGAAUCCUGCUGGGCUAAGGGCGUUGGGGUACGGGGCGGGGGUGGUGGUGGUGGUGGGGCUACCGUAAUGGACAAAUGAAGUAAAACAACUUCAGUAUGAAACAUAGAGUAUUUAAAUGGUAUUAAAACAACGUAAGUGCUCAUCCGUGUAACGCAUCAUCAUCAUCUAUAUAUAUAUACAAUAACCCAUAGGCAGGAGGAAACCUGUGGUUCUUCAGCCCUAGUGUGCACCAGUCCUGGACUAGUCUCCUUUAAUCCUACCGGCCAUCCGACAGGCGGGUUAUACCACAUUAACCCCCUUUUCUCCAAGAGGAAAACACAGCUCAAAGAGGUUAAGCAGCUUGCCCAGGAUGUGGACUAGUGGGGGAUGGAUCGGGAUCUAGCCCACUCAGGCUGACUCCAGACCUCUUCCUGCCCACUGCGGGGCGGGUAUUGUUAUCCUGCUAUUAUAGGUGAGGAUACUGAAGGGCAGGAAGAGAUGGCUUGCCCAGAACCCCAGGCCUAAUAACAGCUGGGACUGGAACCUCCAGCCUCAGUCCUUCCAUGUCACCCCAUGUGGCCUUUCCCAUAGCAAGUGGGUCCAGACAGAAACCCCAUAUAUAAGAUCAAGGUAGAAAAUAAUGGAAAAGUGAUUACAAGAGGAAAUUCGGUUUUUAAAAAUUCUUGGAACAUUCAUGUUCCCACUGAACAUUUAUGCUAACCUAACAACAGAGCAUAAAAUCUGAGGAUGAGCCUUUUGGCUCUUCUACUGAGUUUCCAGUUUGGGAGGGAAAUGGAUGAAGGGGUGGAGGGGGUCUCCCUCCCACGGCCUCCCCUGGCCACCACAUCAACCCUGAAGACCCAAAUCGCUUUCGGUCCAGUAGGUAACAUAAGCCAUGUUAUUUUACACAUUAUUUGACGUAGGAGGGCGGGUGUGUUGUUUGCUCAAAACCUUAAGCAGGAAGAGGCAUAGGGAGCUGUGUCAGAUCAAGGGUCAGACUGGAUACAAGCAGCUACAAAACUCCACGCCUGAUUCAUGCCCCGGGGAUUAACAUGUUAGGCUGGUUCCUCGUGGUUGUGAGGCAGCAGCAACUCAGACAGCUUUUGGGAAAUUUAUCUGCAGCUGGUGAGGGUCACAUUGUCCACAACUGGAAGGUGCGUUGGUUCAUCCUUCGGCAGAACACGCUGCUGUACUAUAAGCUCGAGGCGGGUCGGAAAGUGAACCCUCCCAAGGGCCGGAUCCUUCUGGAUGGCUGCACCAUCACCUGCCCCUGCCUGGAGUACGAAAACCGACCGCUGCUCAUUAAGCUGAAAACGCAGACAUCUACGGAGUACUUCCUGGAGGCCUGUUCUCGAGAGGAGAGGGAUGCCUGGGCCUUUGAGAUAACAGGAGCUAUUCACGCUGGGCAGCCCGGGAAGGUCCAGCAACUCCACAUAUUGAAAAACUCCUUCAAGCUGCCCCCUCACAUCAGCCUGCAUCGCAUCAUAGACAAGAUGCAUGACAGCAGCAGUGGAAUCCGGCCAAGCCCCAACAUGGAGCAGGGAAGCACCUACAAAAAGACCUUCAUAGGCUCCUCCCUCGUGGACUGGCUCAUCUCCAACAGCUUCGCAGCCAGCCGUCUGGAGGCAGUGACCUUGGCCUCCAUGCUCAUGGAGGAGAAUUUCCUUAGGCCGGUGGGCGCCCGAAGCACAGGAGCCAUUCGCUCUGGGGAUCUGGUUGAGCAGUUUCUGGAUGACUCCACGGCCCUGUACACUUUUGCUGAGAGCUGCAAGAAAAAGAUAAGCCCCAAGGAAGAAAUAAGUCUCAGCACUGUGGAGUUAAGUGGAACAGUGGUGAAACAAGGCUAUCUGGCCAAACAGGGGCACAAGAGGAAAAACUGGAAGGUGCGGCGCUUCGUUCUGAGGAAGGACCCGGCUUUCCUGCAUUACUACGACCCUUCCAAAGAAGAGAACCGGCCUGUGGGUGGGUUUUCUCUCCGUGGUUCACUCGUGUCUGCGCUGGAGGAUAACGGCGUUCCCACUGGGGUUAAAGGGAAUGUCCAGGGAAAUCUCUUCAAAGUGAUUACUAAGGAUGACACACACUAUUAUAUCCAGGCCAGCAGCAAGGCUGAGCGUUCAGAGUGGAUCGAAGCUAUCAAACAGCUAACGUGACAAGAUCUUAAGGGUGUAGCACCAGGAUUCCUCCCUCCUACCGGAUGACACAGACAGGAUUUCCUGGAAAAUGGGGGUGUGUUGAGACUUUUAACUUUUAUAUUUUGUACUGUUUUGGAGUGAGCUUGGUGAAGUUCCUCAGAUUACAGUCAGCAGUGGUGCUAUUUAUUUCCUUCCCCACUCUCACAUUAACAUGGAAAUGCUGGAAUAGUCAUUAGGCAUCCACAUUUUGACUUUUGCCCAUCAUCACAACCAGCCAUUCCUUGGGCACCAAAGUCAGAUCCCUUUGUUACACUAACUGGCCAUGUUGUAAAACUAAAUAAAACACUAUCGUCUCAUAGUGGCACUCUCUGAAAUGCUGUCAGCAACUCCUAACUCCUUUGGAAAUAAUAAAAAUUUGACAUUUGUU